CUUAAUAAAGCUGCUGGAUACAAUCCCGGGGCACAAUGUGUGGAUCAUAUUCAUCUGACAGACCUGCUCUCUGCUCAACUUGUGUGCUCACACUGCCUGCUGCUUUCCUGUAAGUACUACAGGUCACUGUCGUGUUCAUUUUAAUUUUCAGAUCUGAUGAAAGGCAUAGAUGUCUCUGCUGGGUGAAAAGCUCACCAGGACUUAUGAAUGAAAACACGUCACACACAACAGGACCAGAAAACGGCAGAACAUGUUAUGCCAUUCGGAGGUUCCUGUCCUGGUGUAACUGUCAGAGCAUAAUGGUGGCUUUUAAAGGGAUCUGGACCAAGGACUUCUGGAGGGCUGUGUCUGGAGAAUACCUGGCCACUCUCAUCUUUGUCCUUCUCGGUCUGGGCUCCACCAUCAACUGGGCUGCAGGGGAGGAGAAGCCUCCCCCAGCUGACCUAGUCCUCAUCUCCCUGUGCUUUGGCCUGAGCAUUGCCACUAUGGUGCAAUGUUUUGGACACAUUAGCGGUGGACACAUUAACCCAGUGGUCACUGCAGCAAUGGUGGUGACUAGAAAGCUGAGCUUGGCAAAGGCAUUGUUCUAUGUGGUGGCUCAGUGCCUGGGAGCUAUUACAGGAGCUGGGAUCCUCUACCUUGUCACACCUGCUGCUGUGAGAGGGUCCUUCGGCGUGACUACCGUGAACUCCAACCUCUCAGUAGGACACGGCCUUCUUGUGGAGCUCCUUAUCACAUUUGAACUGGUCUUCACUGUCUUCGCCACCUGUGAUCCCAAACGCACAGACCUAGGAGGCUCUGCUGGCCUUGCCAUCGGCUUUGCUGUAGCUAUUGGUCACUUAUUUGCAAUCCCUUACACAGGAGCAAGCAUGAACCCUGCUCGAUCCUUCGGGCCUGCAGUGGUCACACUGAACUUUGUGGAUCACUGGGUGUACUGGGUGGGACCCAUUCUGGGUGGCAUCCUGGCUGCUGGACUAUAUGAGUACCUGUUCUGCCCGGACCCUGAGAUAAAGAAGAGCCUGAAGCAGGUUUUUGAGAAGGAUGCAUCAGGAAAAUACAGGGAGGUGGAGACAGAGGACAUUGCCAUAAAGCCAGGCUCCAUCCACACCAUCUCUGAUGAGGGGAAAAUUGAAAAAAAAGAUCCUUUCCAGGACUCAACAGGGGAAGUGCUGUCUUCAGUAUGACUAUCACGUGCACUGGAAAUGGAGACCAAUCUGUAGAGCAGAAUGACAGUCAAACUUUGGAGUAUCAAUCUUGAGCCUGUCCCCCUCCAAAGACAGAAUAAUUUUCUGCCCAUGAGGCAUCACAGCGAUGCUGAAUUACUCUCAUUGUCAUAAAGAUAAUAUGAUGCUAUGGCUCAAUCCCACAAAUAUCUACAACCUGUUCAAUACUUCUCCUGAGGCUGUCCUUGAACGAUUUAGUAGCGGCGUUGGCAUGUGGUACGUAUUGGAUGCUUCUGACAGCCGGCUAUACAUCGUGUUAAGGAAGUAUAUGUCGGGUCAGCCAAUUAUGUGAAGUCAUCACGCUGAAUUGGAGGACUGAAGAAGAAAAUGCAGCCUUGUUAUUUUUGGAUUAGUGUCAUAUUUGGUCCAUGUAUUGUAUAUGUAAUAACAGGAGAGAUUUUCCUUGUGAUCAUUAAACACAUUACAGGUCCAAAGCAAUCUAAGACAGCUCUGACAAGCUUUAUUAUCAGAGUAGUGUUACAGUGCUCUCUAUUUUCAGUGCAUUAAUCGGGGAAACAAUCAGCUCAUCUUUAUGGAAGCGCAGUUUCUGUGCUUAGUGUCUAGUGUUACAUGAUGAUUUAGAUUUUUAUUUUAUUUUAUUUUUUAUUGUAAAAUCAUGAUAGCUUUUUAUGCUGUAGAUUUAGAUUUGGUUCUUGUAAUACAUUUUGUAUUUCUCUGUAUGAUUUGCUGCAUUUCAUACUUAAGUAUUUAACUUAUUGAUGAGACAUUUCGCUGCUCUGUCUUUAUGAUUUUGUGUUCAAACAUUGCUCGGUUCUUGUUUUACGCUCACAAAUUGCAAGUGCUAAGAGAUGUAAAAGAUGACUUUGUAAUAAUAAAGAGACUU